CACAUGGGACUACCAGUCCUCUCCAGCGUCCCAGCGUUGCUCCGUCCUUGGGGCACCGGUAUCUGACCAUGGCACCUAAGAAGAAGGAAGAGCCCAAACCAGCACCGCCCCCCAAGCCCCCAGAGCCGGAGCCCCCCAAGGAGCCAGAGUUUGACCCCAAAGCUGUACAGCUUGAAUUUACCGCUGAGCAAAUUGAAGACUUCAAGGAUGCUUUCCAGCUGUUCGACAGGACCCCCACAAACGAGAUGAAGAUCACCUACGCUCAGUGCGGAGAUCUCAUCAGGGCUCUGGGUCAGAACCCGACCAACACUGAAGUGAUGCAUGUCCUGGGCAAGCCGAAGGCUGAAGAAAUGCAGUCGAAGAUGCUGGACUUCGACACCUUCUUGCCGAUGCAUCAGCACAUCUGCAAAGCCAAGGACCGGGGCACCUUUGAGGACUUCGUGGAGGGCCUGAGGGUGUUCGACAAGGAGGGGAAUGGCACUGUGAUGGGGGCUGAGCUCAGGCACGUCCUGGCCACUCUGGGUGAAAAGAUGAAGGAGGACGAAGUCGAGCAGCUCAUGGCUGGACAAGAGGAUGCCAACGGCUGCAUAAACUAUGAAGCGUUUGUAAAAUACAUCAUGGCAGGCUAAGCAGACUCCAUCAGGGACCUCCUCCUCCGUCCACGCCCUUGGCUACACUAUAGAGACCCCACCUCAUUGUUUUUUUUACUGGUGACCGUCAUGUUAUCCCAUCAGCUGUGCUGUGCCUCGCCACUGUUAAAUAUCCAUCGACUGUUUUAAUAAAGCGGAAAGAGUGA